AUGUUUGAAAUAUGUUUGAAAUUGACGGAGGGCCAAUUGAGCAUUCAAGUGGAUCAAAUGAGCGCAGGCACGCGGACGGUGGCGGUGGAACCCAAGGACGAGGGGGCGUUCGUAGAGGUUGUGUACUCGGAGCUGUACCGAAGUAUCGGUCUCGGCCUCCGCGUCGAGCGUGCCACGGAGAGCGGGAUCGGCGCGUUGUUGGUUUCGAGCACGCUGCAAGCACCACCGGGAGUGCGCGCCCUGCCUCCAUACCAAUACCGGUUGUGGACAAUUGGAUCCAUGAAUGUGUCCGGGGCUAUGUUCAAGGAUAUCGAAGGACGCAUUAACCUCCUCGGGGCAGCCUUCCCCAUCACGGUCACAUUCAAACGCGUCGAGAAAGUGUUCACCCUCGACUACUCGGUUUUCUCGCCAAAGUUGAACCUGAAGAUCAUCCAGAGUCCGGCCCCGCCGUCGACGGCCCUAACCGGGCCGUCCAGCAUCUGCAAGAUUGUCGAGUACAUUCGCCCGUUUCUGUUCCACGGAGACGUACCGUCCUUGAACUCGGGGUAUCACGUCCUUACCUCGAUCAACGAUAAAUCUCUCGACAGCCUUCAAUACCAGGAGGUGGUGGAUUGCAUUCGCAACGCGACGUUCCCCCUGAGAAUCGUGGUGACGCUCCAGCCAAACGUGGAAGCGCUUAGCAAAGCCCGCGCCGACGCCGAUAUGCACGACCGCAUCCAGAUCGACGCAUGUCGAGCCAAGUUUCUCACAUGCAACUGCGCACACUGCGCGACUGUUCGAGUCCUGCUCGGAAACGCCUCGGUGUACACGGACCAAGUGUACCCGUGAUGCGGGCUAAGCGAUCGAUAUCUACCCACGUACCUGUUGCUUGGUCUCGUUCAGUCGACUACUACCGGCGGCUUCCACCGCCUUGUUCAUCCUC